AUGUCUGGCCUGCAGAAAGCCCCCCUCACAGCAGCUCUCUGCCUGCUCCUCCUCGUCACGCUCUUACCGGGUUCUGAGGCCCUCCGUGGCCGCGGAGGCUUCGGAGGCGGUGGCUUCGGCCGGGGCGGAGGCUUUGGGCGGGGCGGAGGCUUCGGGCGGGGCCAGGGUUACAGGCCGGUCCAGAGCGGGGGCUCCAGUGCAGGGAAAAUCGCUGGGGCAGCUGCAGCGGGAGCCAUAGGAGGAGCAGUAAUCGGGUCUGCCCUGAGCCGCCCCGGGUACGGUGGAGGAUACGGAGGGGGGUAUGGAGGAGGAUAUGGGGGAGGAUACGGAGGAGGAUACGGAGGUGGAUACGGAGGUGGUUAUGGCUACCCGCGGGGGGGCUACGGCCCCAGGCCCGGCUACGACCAAGAGGGCUCUGGAGAUAUGGAGUACUACACCGGAGCGUCCAGCGGCCCCAUCUACAACAGCAUCAUCGUCAUCAUCGGUUCCCUGGUGUCCCUGUUGAUGGGCCACUGGGUGGCAGCCAUGUAG